AUGCAGUUGCAGUUGCAGCUGUCCGGGUGGCCGGCGUCAACAGAAUUGGAGCGGCGAAGGGAGGUCGUUGACAAUCUCGUCCCAUACCUCAGCGUCAUUCUUUGCCUGUCCCAGGUUUCGCGGCAGUCAUGGACCAUCAAGCUCAUGUGGGGAGGCAGUUUGAUGGCCGCCACAACAAGCAAUAGGUCCAGUUUCUCUUUAUGUACGCCUGAGUAUUGCUUCCCUGUUCUGAGCUGCUGCACCUCCCAACGUCAGACACCAAUCUUCCGGCUUCUGAUCUCCCUGCUAUCUGAGCUCCCCUCGCCUUGGCUGAUCAAGGUGGCAUUUGCUCUUCCGGUCCGUACGUCGUAUCUCUCCUGUCCCACGGGUAAGUUCAUCAUUCUGCCCUCGUCUUCUGCCCCUAGGUCAGCUCGUUCCCUCAAAGCUGUUUCACUCGCACAAACACGUAACCCCCGAUCCCUCUUCGUUGCGUGA